AUGAAACGGUACAGAUACGGAAGUGCAGGUUUGGCCGAAUGGCGUGAGGUAAUUGCGGAAGCGGCAAGCGAACCACUGGCUGGUGAAUUCUUCGAGGAAUAUUUUACGCAGCCAGGCCUGCCACUUAUGCCACCAACAGUUAUUCCAUUGGACGUAGGAAUUGAUGGUCAACCAAGUCGAACAACACUAAUCUUGAUCAACCAAACUCAAACAUUUCCAGUGGUUCACAACGAUCGUCUGGUUGUGUUGGAUCCGGAUGUACGUACUCAUACAGUGAUUGUCUAUGAGGUUAGCUCAGUUUACGUUGUUUUUUUUUUAAUUACAUUAAUGUUAGCGUAA